GACGCCCGGGCCCUCAUUGCCUCGUCAUCACCUACAGUGACGAUUCAGGUUGGUGAUUCGAAUUAGGCGUCAUUAAGUAAUUGCCAUCGAUGGCAGCUACCGCCAAUUAUGCCAGGCACCACCACCCACCUCGUCCUUCCUUCCUCCCCAAUUAUUGGUGCGGGAUCCACCAUCCCCCCUCCAAUAAAAAUCAAUACCACUCGGACCAGCGGCGGCCGCAACGGCAACAGCGGCGAAGAAGGAAAAGAGAGAAGAAACAUGGGAACCGAGACGAAGGAGUGCAAGAUAGGGAAGAAGACGUGAGGAUCAAGUGGACACAGCUUCUUUGCUUCCGGGGAAGAAAAGUUCGACAAAGGAGGAGGAGAGGAGCCAAAUUUUGAUCUCGAUCUUGAUUGAGAGAUGAAGGCCUCUUCACCCAAAGAAGACAAGGAGACACCGCCGGCAGUAGCGGAAGGUGACGCAGAAGAGAAGGAAUCCCCAAUCUUUGGCGCUGUUGUUGAGUCGGAGAGAUCUCCAGAUUCGUUCUUUGUCAUGUCGGCGACGGUGAUUAGCGUGGCGGACUCUGUAGCGGCGGUGACGGCAGAGGUGGAGUUCGCGGCCUGCGACUGCUGCGGUCUCACUGAGGAGUGCACGCCGGCGUACAUCGCCAGGGUCCGGGAGCGGCACGGUGGGCGUUGGAUCUGUGGCCUCUGCGCUGAGGCCGUCAAGGACGAGAUUUGCCGUUCCGGCCUCCUGCUCUCUCCGGAGGAGGCCGUGGGCCGCCACGCCAGCUUCUGCCGGAGCUUCCGUACGUCGGCCUCGUCCGAACCGUCUGUGGAUCCGGCGGAGCGGCUGAUUGCCGCCGUCAGGCAGCUCUUCCGACGGAGCCUCGACUCCCCUCGAGCGGUCCGGUCAACCCCGAGUAGCCCCCGGUCCAAUGGUGAGGCCGGGUCCCGGGCCGCCCUGGGCCGGACCGGCAGUGGGUUCCCCACACUACUUGGCUGAGAAGCAUAGAAGAGAAAUCAUAUGAUAUAGAAUGGCAAGAAGAGAAAAGAAAUACAGAGAAAAAUGGAGUAUGAUUUUUCUCAUAAAAAGAAAAAUCACUGCUCAAACUCCAGGCUUUGAUGCAUCGUUCUGUAUCAGGCAAAAUUUCACAUCAAGUUCUUGCUACUUGUCAUCGGAGUGGUAAGGGAAAAAAUCAUUGGAAAUUGGAAGAAGAAUUCCACUUUCUAAAUGUUAAAAGAAAUUUGAGGAUUUUAUAUGAAUACUUAGCAUUGAUUUC